AUGGAGGCGGAAGGAGAGGCCGAUGAUGAUGUCUUUAUUACGCCCGGCUCUAGCCUAGAGGGCACUAAGGCUGAGGCGGGUUCAUCCGUGCUCAAGGUCAAAGGGUGCUUUGGUGGGCCCAACCUCCGCUAUAAACACGUGCCGAACAAGCGGAGGCAUGACGGUUUUCAAGGUCGCAUUAUGACAGGCGGCCUGGCUUUAAAAGAUCUUGUCAUAGACUACCAACACCAAUUACUCUGUCAUCUUCUUUUCGUGCCCUGGUAUAGCCUUUCGGUAGGUGCCUUGGUCUGCCAUUCGACGAUAUCCGCGUUGAACAUAUCCGCAUCGUUCGACACUUUGUCAAUGAGAUUUGGCGUCUUUAUAUCUUCAUUCAUGAGAGGUGCCAUCUUCGCCCCAGAUUCCAACACGUUGUUCCUCCCAUCCACUAUCGGACUCCAAACCCCUCCUCAAGCGAUAUCCACGGAGACCUACAUCUUCCUGGCAUCACUGAUCCGCGCGAAUAAAAAGCGAGAAUCGAAAAGGAUAAAGACAGGCUACUCAAGCAGUGCUAUGGCUGGAUACUGGGGGAGGUCAGCUUCAAGUGGCGACCCCGGGAAGGGCAAGACAAUGAUGAUGAUGGGUCUAAUUCACAAGCUAUAUUCUAAGGAUGAAUCAUCAUAUGCGGCAUCAAAAAUACUAGCUAAGAUGAAGCUUGCUUCUCAGGAGAUACUGUCGGAUAUCCUCACCAACUUCACUUUGCCGACAACGUACCUUCUAGUCAAUGCGCUCGACGAGUUUAAGUGGCUAGUAACAAGCCGCAACCUGCUGAGCAUUAAGCAGUUUCUUCACCCCAGUUCAAUAAGCGACAAGAUUAGUCUUAAGCUCAACGCUGGCCACAUUUUAAAAGCCGAUAAGGCAGAGGACACGCUUCUAUGGGUGUCGCUAGUCUGUAAAUGUAAGGACGGGGCUCUGCACCACUCCGCCAAUACAACCAAAAAGGUACGAAUAAUCAACCAACAUAAAGAGCUAGAGCGUGUGCCGCUUUACCGUACUAAAGAGGUACUUCGCGAGUUACCGCCUGGGCUGGACCCACUAUACAACUCCUCCCUACAGAUUAGUUUACCUACGUUAAGAGAGUUAGCGAUCUUGCAAGGGGAAGCAGAUAUUUGCACACUACGCCGAGACAUGUGCAACUUACGAAAGCCAGGAGCGCACAUUUUAGAAGUAGAGAGCCAGACUAAGAGCAGCAUUCUUCCGCAAAUCACAUAUGCACACUGGCUUCAGCGUGGCCUUCUCGCCGCAGAGAGAUUAACUCACGUCGACUUCAGGCGAUCAGAGUGUUCGACUCGUGGACUUCUUGCCACACGGAGUUCAACCCGCGUCAACUUCAUCAGACAAGACAGUUUGACUGUGGGAUUUGAACACGGGCCGGCUGCUGCAGACGCUCAAGGGCCAUACGGAGUGCCAUCGGCUUCAAACAAUCAAACGAUUCAACUGUGGGAUACGAACACAGGCCAGCCGCUACAGACGCUCGAGGGCUAUACUGAAGCCUCUAGUGCUUUUCAGGUUGCAUCUACAAAGGGUCAGAGCAUUAGAGCUGAAUAUAUCAUAGAUAAGAAAUCAGACUCUGAGUUUCUAGCACCAGCACAGCAACAGACCUUGACAGCAAGAGGCUUAGCUUCAUAUAUACCGCUGGAGGACGACAAUGCGAACGUACUUGAUAGGUGGGAGGGUUAUGAAUGCCUGAAGUUAAAGUACCCCUCACAUUUUGCGGCACGCGCCCCCCUCCAUCCCCUCCUAACGCCUAGCCUCCACACCCUGGCAUGCGGAAAGCCGUUGGUUUAUUGGAUGCUUGAUGGUAGGGGGGCUAGUUGCUUACAGGGAGACGAGAGUCCCGGGGAGGGAGUGGGGGCCUGCCGGAGAGUGAUAAGUUUGGCCUUCGGGUUGGUGGGUGAUGGUUGA